AUGGAGGAGGGAUACGAACUUGACCUGACUUAUGUGACGGAGCGGAUCAUCGCUGUAUCCUUCCCCCGGGCAUGCUCAGAGGAGAUCUACCUCCACAUCCUGAAGGAUGUCACACGGAUGCUCAAGUCCAAGCACGCCGAUAACUACCUGGUCAGUUAGGCGCUAGUCCAUGUGUCUCACAACAUCCUUCAUCUCACUGAUACCUAGUCCUUUCAAGCUUAAAAACCUAGUCCUCUAUUACUGGGUUGUAGGCUUUACUGCGGUGUGUCUGACCUCUUGUUGUCAGAUCUACAGUGCAUUCGGAAAGUAUUCAGAUCCCUUGACUUUUUCCACAUUUUGUUACGUUACAGCCUUAUUCUAAAAUGGAUUAAAUAAAAAAUGUACACACAAUCAAUCUACACACAAUAUCCCAUAAUUAAAAAUACAGAAAUACCUUAUUUACAUAAGUAUUCAGACCCUUUGCUAUGAGACUCGACAUUGAGCUCAGUUGCAUCCUGUUUCCAUUGAUCAUCCUUGAUAUGUUUCUACAACUUGAUUGGAGUCCACCUGUGGUAAAUUCAAUUGAAUGGACAUGAUAUGGAAAGGCACACACCUGUCUAUAUAAGGUCCCUCAGUUGACAGUACAUGUCAGAGCAAAAACCAGCCAUGAGGUCGAAGGAAUUGUCCGUAGAGCUUCGAGACAGGAUUGUGUCGAGGCACAGAUCUGGGGAAGGGUACCAAAACAUUACUGCAGCAUUGAAGGUCCCAAGAACACAGUGGCCUCCAUCACUCUUAAAUGGAAGAAGUUUGGAAUCACCAAGACUCUUCCUAGAGCUGGCCGCCCGGCCAAACUGAUCAUUCGGGGUAGAAGGGCCUUGGUCAGGGAGGUGACCAAGAACCCAAUGGUCACUCUGACAGAGCUCCAGAGUUCCUCUGUGGAGAUGGGAGAAACUUCCAGAAGGACAACCAUCUCUGCAGCACUCCACCAAUCAGGCCUUUAUGGUAGGGUGGCCAGACAGAAGCCACUCCUCAGUAAAAGGCACAUGACAGCCCGCAGGAGUGGCUUCGGGACAAGUCACUGAAUGUCCUUGAGUGGCCCAGCCAGAGCCCGGACUUGAACCCGAUCGAACAUCUCUGGAGAGACCUGAAAAUACCUGUGCAGCGACGCUCCACAUCCAACCUGACAGAGCUUGAGAGGAUCUGCAAAGAAGAAUGGGACAAACUCCCCAAAUACAGGUGUGCCGAGCUUGUUGCGUCAUACCCAAGAAGACUUGAGGCUGUAAUCGCUGCCAAAGGUGCUUCAGCAAAGUACUGAGUAAAGGGUUUGAAUAUUUAUGUAAAUGCUUUAUUUCAGUUUUUUAAUUUUUCAUAAAUUUGCUAAAAUUCAUAAAAACCUGUUUUUGCUGUGUCAUUAUGGGGUAUUGUGUUUAGAUUGAUGAGGGGGGGGAAAACAAUUUAAUCAAUUUUAGAAUAAGGCUGUAACGUAACAAAAUGUGGAAAAGGUCAAGGUUUCUGAAUACUUUACGAAUGCAUUGUAUAUUAGAGUGAGAUCAUUAAAGUUUAUCUAAAGUUUGUUUUCUUGAUUUGAAGUUUAAAUUGUGACUGUUAUUGACCAAGUGACCCUGUGUCAUUGGCACAUUUUGGGGGGUUUUAGAGAAGUGAUGAUAACAGGAAAAUAGCAUAUUUUAACCUCAGCACAACCAUCUUUUAAGUGUGAAGUACAGAAUAGUAGUGUGAAGUACAGAAUCUUUUUUUAGUUCAUAUUGGAAAGAAUGAAAACGUUUGAAAUAGAUACAUUUUAAAAAGAGUAAUAUAAAAGGCAUAGAAUUAAAUAGCAAAAUAAAUGAAUUUAUUCAUGCAUACAUACCUGAAUCUUUUUUCUUUCUAGAUUAUCAACCUGUCGGAGAAGAGACAUGAUCUCUCUAAAAUGAACCCUAAGGUAAAGCAACCAUGCUGUAUUUUUCAGAAUGUGCAACAUAAACAAAACAUAGGGCAGGACACGAAGACAUACAGGUAUCAACAAGCCGCAGAUCGACUAAGCUGUAUUUGCCAGAAAUCAAUGAAUAUCAAUGACAACAUGGAUCUCAACCAUAUCCGGGUUGUUCCACCGAUUCGUUGCUUUUUGAGAUGUGUAACGGAUUGAUUUCACCUCAUUUUGACAUUCUGUCAUAAAGAGCAUGUUUAACUUAAUAAAAAACAUGUUUUUCCAUCUCAAAAGGUUAAAUAAAAAAAUGACUAUAGUAAGUCCCUAUUAAGUGCCAAAUAAAGUAACAGGGUUGACGAAUUCAUCUUAUGUCAGCCAUAAAUUCCCCUUUGACAGGGGAAAUGGAAGCUUGUUGUAUGCAACAGGGAGUGGCAAUUGAAUGCAAGCAACAAAAAAAAAGGUAACAGGUUUGAUGUGUUAUGCUCCACCCGCUCAGUUUUCCACCACAAAAUCUUCCGGGAAGUCACAGAGGCACAUGUUAAAAUGCAGAAUUUUGCCACUUUAGCAGUCUAUUCAUAUUCAAAAUCAGAUUUAUUAUAUUCUCAAUGUGAUGUACAGUACCAUGCAAAAAUAUGGACACACCUACUCAUUCCAGGGUUUUUCUUUCUUUUUACUAUUUUCUACAUUGUAGAAUUAGUGAAGAUAUCAAAACUAUGAAAUAACACAUAUGGAAUCAUGUAGUAACCAAUAAAGUGUUAAACAAAUCAAAAUAAUAUUUUAUUUUUGAGAUUCUUCAAAGUAAGCACCCUUUGCCUUGAUGACAGCUUUGCACACUCUUGGACACAGCCCUUAGCCGUGGUAUAUUGGCCAUAUAUCACAAACCCCCGAGGUGCAUUAUUGCUAUUCUAAACUGGUUACCAACGUAAUUAGAGCAGUAAAAAUACAUGUUUUGUCAUACCCAUGGUAUAUGGUCUGAUAUACCACAGCUGUCAGCCAAUCAGCAUUCAGGGCUUGACCCACCAGUUUAUAAUAAAGGGCAUUUAAUUGAAUAACAGGCUUUUAAAAUGUAAUAUUGGUGGACAAUUUAUACCCACAAUAUCAAAGGGAUGCAAAAGGCUCUCAUUUCGUGGAUGACCCAUCCGUUUGAACAAAUGUAUCACUAGAUAACCCUUUGAUUCAGAAAGGCUGUCUCAAGGAUUUCUGGAGACUCUGCACAUGCUAAUUAGGUAGUAUACAGUGCAUUUGGAAAGUAUUCCGACCCCUUGACUUUUUCCACAUUUUGUUACGUUACAGCCUUAUUCUAAAAUGGAUUAAAUAAAAAAAAUGCCUCAUCAAUCUACACAAAAUACAACAUAAUGACAAAGCAAAAAUAGGUUUUUAGAAAUGUUUGCUAAUUUAUUAAAAAUAAAAAACUGAAACACCUUAUUUACAUAAGUAUUCAGACCCUUUGAUAUGAGAGUCAAAAUUGAGCUCAAGUGCAUCCUGUUUCCAUUGAUCAUCCUUGAGAUGUUUCUACAACUUGAUAGGAGUCCACCUGUGGUAAAUUCGAUUGAUUGGACAUGAUUUGGAAAGGCACACACCUGUCUAUAUAAGGUCCCUCCGUUGACAGUGCAUGUCAGAGCAAAAACCAAGCCAUGAGGUCGAAGGAAUUGUCCGUAGAGCUCUGAGAAAGGAUUGUGUCGAGGCACAGAUCUGAGGAAGGGUACCAAAACAUUUCUGCAGCAUUGAAGGUCCCCAAGAACACAGUGGCCUCCAUCAUUUUUAAAUGGAAGAAGUUUGGAUCCACCAAGACUCUUCCUAGAGCUGGCUGCCUGGCCAAACUGAGCAAUUGGGGGAGAAGGGCCUUGGUCAGGGAGGUGACCAAGAACCCAAUGGUCACACUGAUAGAGCUCCAGAGUUCCUCUGUGGAGAUGGGAGAACCUUCCAGAAGGACAACCAUCUCUGCAGCACUCCACCAAUCAGGCCUUUAUGGUAGAGUGGCCAGACGGAAGCCACUCCUCAGUAAAAGGCACAUGACAGCCCUCUUGGAGUUUGCCAAAAGGCACCUAAAGGACUCUCAGAUCAUGAGAAACAGGAUUCUCUGGUCUGAUGAAACCAAGAUUGAACUCUUUGGCCUGAAUGCCAAGAGUCACAUCUGGAGGAAACCUGGCACCAUCCCUACAGGGAAGCAUGGUGGUAGCAGCAUCAUGCUGUGGGGAUAUUUUUCAGAGGCAGGGACUGGGAGACUAGUCAGGAUCGAGGGAAAGAUGAACGGAGCAAAGUACAGAGAAAUCCUUGAUGAAAACCUGCUCCAGAGUGCUUAGGACCUCAGACUGGGGCGAAGGUUUACCUUCCAACAGGACAAUGACCCUAAGCACUCAGUCAAGACAACGCAGGAGUGGCUUCCAGAAGGACAACCAUCUCUGCAGCACUCCACCAAUCAGGCCUUUAUGGUAGGGUGGCCAGACAGAAGUCACUCCUCAGUAAAAGGCACAUGACAGCCCGCAGGAGUGUCUUCGGGACAAGUCUCUGAAUGUCCUUGAGUGGCCCAGCCAGAGCCCGGACUUGAAACCGAUCUAACAUCUCUGGAGAGCCCUGAAAGUACAUGUGCAGAGACGCUCCCCAUCCAACCUGACAGAGCUGCAGAGAAGAAUGGGACAAACUCCCCAAAUACAGGUGUGCCAAGCUUGUAGCGUCAUACCCAAGAAGACUUGAGGCUGUAAUCGCUGCCAAAGGUGCUUCAACAAAUUCCUUAGUAAAGGGUCUGAAUACUUAUGUAAAUGUGAUAUUUCAGUUUUUUAGAUUGAUGAAGAAAAUAAAACAAUUUAAUCAAUUUUAGAAUAAGGCUGUAAUGUAACAAAAUGUGGAAAAAGUCAAGGGGCCUGAAUACUUUUCGAAUGCACUGUAGGUGUUACAGAGUGCGUAUGUGUAUGUGUGACUUAUCUUGUGUGUGUUUACAGACUCUGGACACGGGCUGGCCUGACCUGCAUGCCCCUCCUCUGGAUAAGAUCUGUACCAUCUGUAAGGCCAUGGAAAACUGGCUCAAUGCUGACCCUCUACACGUGGUGGUCAUACACUGCAGGGUGAGCACCAUCAUCAUCACUCUGUCAUCAUCACCCUUUCAUUAUCUCUCAGUAUUCUUCUGGCCUCACUUGUUUCACUUUACAUUGACUUACCUAUUCAAAGCUGAUUUUCAAGACAGAGCAGGAGGGAGCACUGUGGCGAAGAUGAUCGCGUGGGGUUAGCUGGCUAGCAGCAAAGAUGGUCGCCUCUUCCUUUCUGCUAGCAGCUAGCCGGGAAGUAACCCAAUGACUGUAUAUAUGAAUGGACAAAGCCAUCGAUCACGUGACAAUAUUCAUUCCUAUGUGAAGACUCAAUAGCAUAUUGAAGCCAAAUGAAGUCGAUUAAUAUGUUUCUCAUGGACACAUAACAUGUGCAGUUUGAGCUACUCCAGAAUGUGACGUUGCAGGCUAGCUCAGUGCUACCCCUUCUCAUUGAGUAACUGAAGUUGAAGGCUCACCGGGGUACUGCAGGCUGCCAUUAGUAACUCAAUUAUCCUUAUAACUUCUUCUGUGUGCGAUUUUAAAAUAAUCGGUUCAAGGACAUACAUCUGGUGUAUUAAAAGCAAUUAUUGGUACCAUGAUUGUCUUUGAUGUAUUACAUUUUUUACAAGACGAUUCACCACGAAGGUUGCCAUUUUUCUGUUCACUAUAAUGGGGGAUCCUGUUUUCUGCUAACAAUGCCUGCAGUACUGCGGUCGGCCUUGAACUUCUGUGACUUCAAUGAGAGGGGUCAGUCAUUCUUCCCUGAAGAAACCUCGUCCCCAGGCUAUUGCGCACAGCGCAUUUGGGCGGAAGUGUCUGGGAACGAGAUUAAAAGGCUAAUUGAUCAUUAGAAAACCCUUUUGCAAUUAUGCUAGCACAGCUGAAAACUGUUGUGCUGAUUAAAGUUAAAUUAAAUAGUACCCGCAAAACACCAGUCUCAACGUCAACAGUGAAGAGGCGACUCCGGGAUGCUGACCUUCUAGGCAGAGUUGCAAAGAAAAAGCCAUAUCUCAGACUGGCCAAUAAUAAUAAAAGAUUAAGAUGGGCGGUCGGACCAUCAUAUAAUUGGCAUAUACAUUAUUCUUACUGAAUUUCCAUGUGGGCGAGGAUAUUGGAAAUUUAAUCAAAGCCUAUUGGAUGAUAACUUGUUUUUAACUAGGACAGAGGAAUUCAUAACUGAUUUUGUCCGACAUAACAUAGGUACAGCAAAUCCCCUUAUUGUAUGGGACACCUUUAAAUGUGCCUUUAGAGGCCAUGCAAUUCAGUACUCAUCUCAAAAACAAAAGCAAUUUAGGUCAAAAGAGUCCAUACUAACAAAGGAAAUAGAAAGUCUAACAGAACAGAUAGAUAGCAAUAGAAACUGUAACAUAGAGGCUCAGAAUAAAUUAGAGGAAAAACUAAAAGAAAUUGAGAAAGUUAUUCAAGAAAGAUCAAGUGUAAUAUAUUAUAAAAAAUAGCAAACUGGAUGGAAUAUGGGGAAAAAUGCACCAACUUAUUUUUAAAUCUUCAGCAUAGGAAUGCUAUCAAAAAUAAUUUACUGAAACUGGUUACAAAUGACGGAGUCACCCAUGAUUCACCAAAUGAUAUUUUUAAGGAGGAAACAAAGUACUUUAAGCAUAUGUUUCCGUUUCAGUCACCUCCAUCUCUUCUAACUGAAGCUAUUUGUAGAGAUUUUUUUUCUAUUGAUAAUGUAAAAUUAACAGCCAUACAGAAAGACUGAUGUGAACGGUGAAAUUACAGAGGAGGAACUUCUGGAUGCAAUUAAAGACUUUAAGUCCGGGAAAACUCCAGGGUUGGAUGGUAUACCAGUCGAUGUAUGCCAAAUCUUUUUUUGAUAUGCUCAGAGGACCGUUAUUAGCAUGUUUUAACCACUCCUAUGUAAAUAGUAGAUUAUAUAUAUAUAUAUAUAUGCCAUUUAGCAGACGCUUUUAUCCAAAGCGACUUACAGUCAUGCGUGCAUACAUUUAUUUUUGUGUAUGGGUGGUCCCGGGGAUCGAACCCACUACCUUGGCGUUACAAGCGCCGUGCUCUACCAGCUGAGCUACAGAGGACUACAGACACCCAAGAAGAAGGUCUGAUUUCAUUAUUACUGAAACAGGAUACAAGUGGAAAAUACAAAGAUCCAGUAUGUAAAUAGUAGAUUAUCAGACACUGAAGAAGAAGGUCUAAUUUCAUUAUUACUGAAACAGGAUACAUGUGGAAAAUACAAAGAUCCAGUCCAUUAAAAAAAUUGGAGGCCCCUUACACUUCAGUGUUGUGAUGCAAAAAUUCUAGCAAAAUGUAUAGCUCAUAGAAUUAAAAAGGUAUUGUCGGACAUUAUUCAUUCUAAUCAGACAGGUUUUUUACAUGGAAGAUACAUUGGAGAUAAUAUAAGGCAAGUACUGGAAACAAUAGAACACUAUGAAAAAUCUGGGAAUCCAGGCCUGCUAUUCAUAGCAGACUUCGAAAAAGCAUUUGAUAAAGUACGACUGGGGUUUAUAUAUAAAUGCCUGGAGCAUUUCAAUUUUGGAGAAUCUCUUAUAAAAUGGGUUAAAAUCAUGUAUAGUAACCCUAUGUGUAAAAUAGUAAAUAAUGGCUAUUUCUCAGAAUGUUUUAAACUGUCAAGAGGAGUGAAACAAGGUUGUCCACUAUCGGCAUAUCUAUUUAUUAUGGCCAUCGAGAUGUUAGCUAUUCAAAUCAGAUCCAACAAUAACAUCAAAGGAUUAGAAAUCCAGGGCUUAAAAUCCAGGGUGUCAUUGUACGCUGAUGAUUCAUGUUUUCUUUUAAAUCCACAACUUGAACCCUCCACAGCCUCAUAGAGGAUCUAGAUACAUUUUGUAACCUCUCUGAAUUACAACCAAACUAUGAUAAAUGUACUAUAUUACGUAUUGGAUCACUAAAAAACAAAAAAUGUACAUUACCAUGUAGUUUACCAAUACAAUGGUCUGAUGGUGAUGUGGAUAUAUUCAGAAUACAUAUCCCAAAUAAAAUACAGUGGGGGAAAAAAGUAUUUAGUCAGCCACCAAUUGUGCAAGUUCUCCCACUUAAAAAGAUGAGAGAGGCCUGUAAUUUUCAUCAUAGGUACACGUCAACUAUGACAGACAAAAUGAGGGAAAAAAAAUCCAGAAAAUCACAUUGUAGGAUUUUUUAUGAAUUUAUUUGCAAAUUAUGGUGGAAAAUGAGUAUUUGGUCACCUACAAACAAGCAAGAUUUCUGGCUCUCACAGACCUGUAACUUCAACUUUAAGAGGCUCCUCUAUCCUCCACUCGUUACCUGUAUUAAUGGCACUUGUUUGAACUUGUUAUCAGUAUAAAAGACACCUGUCCACAACCUCAAACAGUCACACUCCAAACUCCACUAUGGCCAAGACCAAAGAGCUGUCAAAGGACACCAGAAACAAAAUUGUAGACCUGCACCAGGCUGGGAAGACUGAAUCUGCAAUAGGUAAGCAGCUUGGUUUGAAGAAAUCAACUGUGGGAGCAAUUAUUAGGAAAUGGAAGACAUACAAGACCACUGAUAAUCUCCCUCGAUCAGGGGCUCCACGCAAGAUCUCACCCCGUGGGGUCAAAAUGAUCACAAGAACGGUGAGCAAAAAUCCCAGAACCUAGUGAAUGACCUGCAGAGAGCUGGGACCAAAGUAACAAAGCCUACCAUCAGUAACACACUACGCCGCCAGGGACUCAAAUCCUGAGGUGCCAGACGUGUCCCCCUGCUUAAGCCAGUACAUGUCCAGGCCCGUCUGAAGUUUGCUAAAGUGCAUUUGGAUGAUCCAGAAGAGGAUUGGGAGAAUGUCAUAUGGUCAGAUGAAACCAAAAUAGAACUUUUUGGUAAAAACUCAACUUGUUGUGUUUGGAGGACAAAGAAUGCUGAGUUGCAUCCAAAGAACACCAUACCUACUGUGAAGCAUGGGGGUGGAAACAUCAUGCUUUGGGGCUGUUUUUCUGCAAAGGGACCAGGACGACUGAUCCGUGUAAAGGAAAGAAUGAAUGGGGCCAUGUUUCGUGAGAUUUUGAGUGAAAACCUCCUUCCAUCAGCAAGGGCAUUGAAGAUGAAACGUGGCUGGGUCUUUCAGCAUGACAAUGAUUCCAAACACACCGCCCGGGCAACGAAGGAGUGGCUUCGUAAGAAGCAUUUCAAUGUCCUGGAGUGGCCUAGCCAGUCUCCAGAUCUCAACCCCAUAGAAAAUCUUUGGAGGGAGUUGAAAGUCCGUGUUGCCCAGCGACAGCCCCAAAACAUCACUGCUCUAGAGGAGAUCUGCAUGGAGGAAUGGGCCAAAAUACCAGCAACAGUGUGUGAAAACCUUGUGUAGACUUACAGAAAACGUUUGACCUUUGUCAUUGCCAACAAAGGGUAUAUAACAAAGUAUUGAGAAACUUUUGUUAUUGACCAAAUACUUAUUUUCCACCAUAAUUUGCAAAUAAAUUCAUUAAAAAAUCCUACAAUGUGAUUUUAUGGAUUUUUUUUUCCUCAUUGUGUCUGUCAUAGUUGACGUGUACCUAUGAUGAAAAUUACAGGCCUCUCUCAUCUUUUUAAGUGGGAGAACUUGCACAAUUGGUGGCUGACUAAAUACUUUUUUCCCCCACUGUAAAUGAUCUCACUCCAAUACAUUUUAAUAGAAAGUUAGCAAAAAUAGAUAAGAUCUUGCUACCAUGGAAAGGUAAAUACCUGUCAAUUUGUGGAAAAAUCAUCUUGAUUAAUUCUUUAGUAUUAUCCCAGUUUACCUAUUUGCUUAUGGUCUUGCCUACGCCUAGUGAACAGUUUUUUAAAUUUUAUGAGAAAAAAAUAUUCAAUUUUAUUUGGAACGGCAAGCCAGACAAAAUUAAACGGGCCUAUUUAUAUAAUGAAUAUGAAUUCGGAGGACAGAAAUUAUUAAAUAUUAAAGCAUUAGACCUAUCACUAAAAGCUUCAGUCAUACAAAAGUUAUACUUAAAUCCGAACUGGUUCUCUAGCAAAUUAGUAAGAUUGUCUCACCCAAUGUUCAAGAAUGGCCUUUUUCCCUUUAUUCAGAUUACAACCUCACACUUUCAGUUAUUUGAAAAGGAAAUCAUCUCCCAAAUAUCACUAUUUCUAAAACAAGCCAUAGAAAGCUGGUUGCAACUUCAAUUUAAUCCUCCAGAAACCACAGAACAAAUAAUGCAACAAAUAUUGUGGUUAAACUCAAAUAUACUAAUUGAUUAAAAAAAAUAAAAAAUUGACAAAAUGUUUAAAAAAGGUGUAAUCUUCGUAAAUGUUAUCAUCGGUAGGACUGGUGGAGUUAUGUCGCACAUGCAGCUAACAAAAACAUAUGGAAAUGUCUGCUCUACCCAAAAUUACAACCAAAUAAUUGCAGCAUUACCGCAAAAAUGGAAGAGGAAAGUGGAAGGGGGAAAAUGUAAGGAACUUGUCUGUCGGCCUUGCAUUAAAGAACAUAAUUGGUUAAAGAAAACUGUGAUAAAUAACAAAGUAUACCAGUUUAAUUUAAGGACCAAAGGAUUGACAGCCAUCCCAUAUAGAUUGCAAAAUAGUUGGGAAGAGAUUUUUGACAUACCGAUCCCAUGGCAUAGUGUUUAGGAACUGAUACGCAAAACGACACCGGAUUCAAAAGUUUGAAUUUUUCAAUUUAAAUUAUUAUAUAAAAUUCUUGCUACCAAUAGAAUGUUAUUUAUAUGGGGGAUACAAUCUUCCCAGCUCUGCAGAUUUUGCUGCGAAGAGACAGAAUCAUUAGAUCAUUUGUUUUGGUACUUGUUUUUGGACAUAGGUCCAGGAAUGGCUAAAGGAUUGCAAUAUUUACCUGGAGCUAACCCUGCAGAUAGCAUUACUGGGUGAUCUGAAAAGUCAUAGUCAAUCGAUCAAUAAUAUAAUAAUACUUUUAGCAAAAAAAAAAAUUUUCUAUUUACAAUCUUUAGAAACAAUGAGAAUAGAAAGGUUCAGAACUUUUUUUAAACGUCACAGUACAGUUGAAAAAUAUAUGGCAAAUAGAAAUCCAAUAUGGAUGGUGUUAAGAGAUAGAUGGGUGGUGUUGAAUGGAGUUGAAGGAUGGGACUAAUAGCAACUAACAACAACUAAUAACAACAAUAUAACUAAUAAUGUAAGCAUACUGUGUCCAUAAUAAGUAUAUAGGUUAUAGGUUGAGAGCUUUUGUGAAAGAGCACAGUCAGAAAGAUAUGGCAUAUAGAAGCAAACCGGAUGGACAUCAUGAAAAUGAUCAGAGAGGUUGAGGGUAGAGGAAGUUCAGGAGUAAAAACAAACAAAAUAGAAUUAUUGUAAAAUUGACUGUGUCCAUAAAAAUGUAUAUAGCUGGAAGUAGAGGCCUAAGCAUUGUUGUUCACUAGUUUACUCCAAUUAGGGAAGGGGUGGUGGGGUUGGAAAGUAAUAAAGGGAAAUAUAUUUUUAAAAAGGAAAUGUAUAUUUAUGUGUAUGUAUGUAUAUAUUCCAUAGAAAAUCAGCCGUUUCCAUCUACAAUAGCCAUUUACAACAUUAACAAUGUCUACACUGUAUUUCUGAUCAAUUUGAUGUUAUUUUAAUGGACAUAAAAAUUUAUUGUCUUUCGAAAACAAGGACAUUUCUAAGUGACCCCAAGCUUUUUAAAGAUAUACCUUAUAUCCGAGUUCUUCCCGAGUGGCGCAGUGGUCUAAGGCACUGCAUCGCAGUGCUAGCUGUGCCACUAGAGAUCCCGGUUCGAAUCCAGGCUUUGUCGUAGCCGGCCGCGACCGGGAGACCCAUGGGGCAGCGCACAAUUGGCCCAGCGUUGUUCCAGGGUAGGGGAGGGAAUGGCCGGCAGGGAUGUAGCUCAGUUGGUAGAGCAUGGUGUUCGCAAAGGCAGGGUUGUGGGUUCGAUUCCCACGGGGGGCCAGUAACAAAAAUUAAAAAAUAAUGUAUGCACUCAGUAACUGUAAGUCGCUCUGGAUAAGAGCGUCUGCUAAAGGACUAAAAUGUAAAAUGUUGUAUCUGCCAGCUCUCAUUGGCUUAAAUGAUCUCGCCUCCUCCCGCCUGCCUUCCAUCUUUGAGGACAUGUGUUUCCAUUGUUAGAGUGGUCACUCGUCUAUCUUAUCAAUAUAAUAUAACAUCUUUCCGGGAAGUGAUGUUGUUAGAAACUUAGCCAAGAGGUUAGCUUUCCCUGCUAAUGUUUCACAUGUUUAAUCUGUGUUUUGUUGAUUGAAGUAGCUUGUUUAUUCUAACAUUGUAAAACGCAGUGAAAUGUGUCUUGGGUUCGAAGGCGUAAAAGAUAACUUAUUUUGUCACAUUCUCAAAGUAAUAUAGGCUAAUGCUCUCUGUCUCUAUCUUUCUCUCUCCUCUCUCUGUCUUGUAUUUCAGGGUGGGAAAGGUCGAAUUGGAGUGGUCAUCUCAUCAUUUGUACAUUUCACUGACAUAUCUGCCAGGUAGGCUAACUGCUGCAACCAACGGCAGCUCCUAUGGCUUUUCCUUAAAUGUAUUUACCAUUGUGAAAUGGGACUUUGCUCAAACCAGAAGUUCUGGUAAAGAGUGAGUGGCACUUCUUGAAUGUGGGUGUACAAACCCAGAUCCUUAUCAACUACAACCACGUCUCAGAUAAAUAUAGACACAAAUAUAAUAUUUCUAAGUGCCUGACCACUACGGGCCACUCAGCCCUUUCACUGAGUCAGACCGUGAGUCAAACAAUAGUUAUGGAUGUGGGAUCAAAGGAAAGCCACAAGUCAUGAGUCACACUUACAGAAUUACACACUCUAAAUCAACAUAAACAAUACAUACUAGACAUUCAUGAUAACAGAGUGUAACAGCAUUUGUCGUUUACCACAAAGGUCAAUGUAAUUUUCCCUGAAUGGACCUGGAAAUGAAUUUUGUAAUGAAAUAUGAGUUUCAGUAAGGCACUUGAGUUCAAAAUAAUUUCUCCUCACAAACAGAGAUGAAUGAUAUUAACACAUGGUAAUUUCCAGUCUGAAAGUCCAUGCAGAGCAAUCCCUAAAGUCAUCAACUGACAGCAAACAUUAAGGCAGAAAGUGGUUUAUAAGUUAAAGGGAAGUGCUGUGUGUGUUUGUGUGUGUCUUGUCUUAUGCACUUAUGGAGAUCCUUUCUGCACACAGACCCUGUUUUUAUAUGGGUACACAUUGGUCGAGGCCGGGUUGGGUUUUGUCAAUCAACGUUCCCCCUGCUGUUUUGCUCCCUAUGGGAGAGACUAUUCACAGGGUGACAGGGUCAGAGAGAGAGAGGGUAGAGAAAAAGAAAAUGAUGAAGAAGAGAUGGAAAAUGGAGAGAGUGUGUGUGUAUGUGUGUGUGUGUGUGUGUGUGUGUGUGUGUGUGUGUGUGUGUGUGUGUGUGUGUGUGUGUAUGUUUUUGGCUAAAAUGUCCUUGUACUGGCACAGCGGUCUUAGGCACUGCAUCGCAGUGCUUGAGGCGUCACUACAGACCCAGGUUCGAUCCCGGGCUGUGUCGCAGCUGACCGCGACCGGGAGACCCAUGAGGCGGCACACAAUUGGCCCAGCGUCGUCCGGGUUAGGGGAGGGUUUGGGCGUCGGGAUGUUCUUGUCCCAUCGCGCUCUAGCAACUGCUGUGGCAAAUGUGAGAUUUAUGGUUCCAACCGCUGUCUUUGUGGCCUCCACAAUCACCCGACCUCACCCAAUUGAGUGUUUGGGAUGAGUUGGAAAAAGCAGCCAACAAGUGCUCAGCAUAUGUGGGAACUCCUUCAAGACUGUUGGAAAAGCAUUCCAGUUGAAGCUGGUUGAGAGAAUGCCAAGAGCGUGCAAAGCUGUCAUCAAGGCAAAGGGUGGCUACUUUGAAGAAUAUAAAAUAUAAAAUAUAUUUUAUUUGGUUACUACACGAUUCCAUAUGUGUUAUUUCAUAGUUUUGAUGUCUUCACUAUUAUUCUACAAUGUAGAAAAUAGUACAAAUAAUGAAAAACCCUUGAAUGAGUAGGUGUGUCCAAACUUGUUACUGGUACUGUAUAACAACAGAGUAUGAUGGGGAGAAAGGAGGAGAAUGGGUGAGUUGAUGAGCAAAAGCGAACGAUUCAUAAUGAUGUAAUCACCAAUUGUGAAUGAAGAACAGGGCGGGCCAUUCUAUUGUAUUGAUCCAUUCUAAUUAUAAUCUUUAAAUGGUAUGUACCCUGUAUCAGUCCACCAAAUCAAAGCAUCUUAUUAGUCUACUCUGGCCUACUUGGAGUAGGCUACACAGUGAGAGCGUGCGUAAUUGUACAUGCUGAACGGCUUUUAAUAUUUGUGAAAAUAUCCACAUUGGGCAGCAGGUGAGCGGGUGUCGGAGAAUGUGGUGAUGAGGCUUGUGGAACCUUACGUUGGCAAGGGGAGAAAUGUCACAGUGGACAAUUUCUUCACUUCACUGUCAUUGGUGAACAAGACGCUUGCAAAUAAAACAAGCCUAGUCGGCACCAUGAACAAAGCGAGACGGGAGCUCCCUCCCUUUGUGCAAAAUAAGGCACCUGCACAGCCAUUGUGCAACAGGGCUGAAUAAUGACAAGAAGACAGGAAACAAUAAAGAGAAAACUGGAGACUAUUACACACUACAACCAAACAAAGGUACACUCUUAGAACAAAAGGUGCUAUCUAGAACCUAAAAGGGUUCUUCGGCUGUCCUCUUAGGAGAACCUUUUGAAUAACCAUUUUUGGUUCCAGGUAGAAUCCUUUUGGGUUCCAUAUAGAACCCUUUCCACAGAGGGUUCUACCUGGAACCCAAAAGGGUUCUCCUAUGGGGACAGACAAAUAACCCUUUUGGAACACUUUUUUCUAAGAGUGUACAGUAUGUCAAAGUGUGUCAAGCAAGUGAAAGUUACAGAAAUUGUGUCAUCUGUCAGGACAAGGGAUAGCAGCUAAAUGAAAUCCAACUGAGGCCAUUGCGUGAAGAAUAAUUGACUAUUUUUGACUGCUGUCAUAUCGACACUUACUGUAUAUUCAUUAUAAUGUAUUCUUUUUUUUGUUGUUGUUAUAAAAAGAAGCUGUUACCAUGUUUCAAUAAAUAUGCUUUCUGUUUCAUAGUUGUAACAAAGGCACUCCACGAAUAAAAUGGAUUGAAAACUAGAAUUUUGGUAUAUUUGUAUAUAUCCUACAGUAACAUAAACUAAUGAAAAUGCUAUUGUGUUAUUUGAAAUAAAAUAAAAAAGAGUAUUCUAAUGUUACCCAAGGCCUUCAUAAACACAAUCAAAUGAUUAUUUUUGCAAUAGCAUAUAUGAAACAUAUUAAUUACACUGUUAGAAUGUUGCCAUCAGAAUGACUCAUUAGCUUGAAGGGGGGUCCGUUGAGGCCCAGCGGUUCUAGUGUUUAAAAAAAAUUAUGUAUGGAGGAAUGGUCUAAGAUCCCUCCCAAUGUCUUCUCCAAUCUCAUUGUAUUUGUGUAAAGUAAUAACUUUUCCCCUUUUUUUGCAUACAAUAUAGCUCAGUAUGUGUAUUAUUAAUAUUGUACAGUUUUUUUUUGCUCAUCUUUAUCAAGGGUGCCAAUACUUUUGGACCUUGACUGUAUAUUGAAUAUUUGCCUAUGUUUGUUUACAGUGUUUACUCCACUCAGUCAGCCAGGAGUGUUUCUGGUAAUAGGCAGAUGACUUACGCUCAGUUCCGUUUAAUUCACUCUUAUUUAAAACUAAAGCUUACCAACCAUGAUUGUCGUGCUUACCCUGUCAGUGUUUAAGCCUAAACAGGAGGGUAAGUCAGUGUUUAAGCCUAAAUCAUUUCUGUGUCUGUCUCGCGUAGUGCUGAUCAGGCCCUGGACCGUUUUGCAAUGAGGAAGUACUACGAUGACAAGGUCUCAGCAUUGAUGACACCCUCUCAGAAA